AUGUCGAUAGCAAAUUGGUACAAAUAUAAUCAAAAUCCGGAGUUAAAAAGAAUUCUGUUGUCAACACGUGGUAUACUCUUGGUGGAAGCCUGUAGAAGUGAUCAGUAUUGGGCUUGCGGGCUGGAAAUAGAUUCUAAAGACAUAAUUGACAAGAAAAAGUGGAGGGGUUUGAAUGUACUUGGUAGAAUCCUCAUGACUAUUAGAGAUAGAAUCUUACGUGAAAUUGGCUACGAAACUUUGGCUCGAAAUGAGUUUGAAGUCAGUCAGAACAGAAAAAAUUGGAAUGUUGGUCGAAUUAAUCCUCAGGCAAUAAUUAAAGAGAUUGAAUUCAUUCAUCAUGCGAACAGAAGAGACUUUCCUGGUGUUGUAAUAAGUCUGAAGCGGGGUGGGAAAUAUAACAGCUUGUUGUGUUGUUUAGUCAUUUCGGCGGGUUUACAAGUCUGUUCUAAAUGCUAUAGGAGACAGUUGGUAGAUUUGGACUUGGAUGAACUAGAAAUUGGACAGCUCGUGACGGUUUCUGUGGCUGAAAUUCCUGAACAAUGUUUAGUUGAUGAGGCUUACCUUCUUCCGCCACAAUCAGAGUUCAAAAUGGGCUCUGAGGAAAUGAUAAGAGAUGAUCUAGGUGUUCUCGGAACCGUACGUUCUCACUCACCGUGGCAUUACAAGCGCGAGGGUAAAAAUGUCUUCUAUCCGUUAGUCCCGCAAAUGUCUAUUGAUGAAGUCGAACUUUGUGAAAGCAUAAUCAGUGCCGCAAUUGCAUAUUCGUUCGAAGAUGAAAGAAAGAAAAUUAUUGAAAAUCGAUUCGAAGGUGCGGCAUUAUAUUGGGACAAACAAUUCUACUUGAAGUUCUCUGAAAUUGACUCUAUGAAAGUUAAAAAUUUGAAAAGUGUUUGGGCAGUUGAUGAUCAAGUUGAACUCAAGUCCAGCAUGCAACACUCUCAUUUUGGUCUUGGAGUAGUCAAGAAAAUUGAAACGGAAAAUGUCAGGUCCUUCGGGAAUCUCAAAUUUAAUUUUAGUGUAGUGAUAAGAGUUCUGAAUGUUCAAGAACGUAGAAAUCAUGAUACUGAGGAAGAAUUUUUGAAUGCGCAAGAUGGUGGUUUGCUUGUUGUACAUCCAAUCAUUAUAAAGGGUAUUGAAAGUCGUAGAACUUGUUUUUCAGCGAAUAUGCCGUCUCGUUUAUCGGAAUUAGACACUAAGCAGGGUCAAUUAAUGAAAGCUCUUUUGGCACGUGAAGUUGAAAUAGUAGAUUUGGAAGAUGUCCACGAGCCUCUAAAUCCACACCCUUUAAUGAGAUUAUUAAAUGAAAGGCAAAAAGAAACGGUUAACAGUUUGCUCUCUGGGGGGUGCAAGCUGGUUUACCAGCAAGCACCUCCCGGAGUAGGAAAAACCUUCUGUGCAGCAGUUGUUACAGCUAUUCUUCUCCAUAGUCUCACCAAUGCUAAAAUUGCUAUUAUUACAUCUGCUAAUUUGCCUUUAGCCAAACUCGCAAAAGAACUGGAGAAUGUUUUCCCAAGGAUCGUUACAAAGAAAUGA